AGCUGGGGAGUGCUCGCGGCCCCCUGCGGCGUCUCCCUCAUUCAUUGCGGCAGUGACGGGCGGCGCGGCGUGAGCUGGCGGCGGCGCCUCCUCCGCUGGCCUGAGCUUGCCGGGCGAGCGGGAGAGAGCGAGUCCGGGAGGAGGAGGAGGAGAGUCGGGCGAGAGUCGGGCCCGCCAAGAGGAAGGCGGGCGCCGCCGGGCGCCUGUGAGAGGGCGGGGAGGAGCGGCGGGUCGGUGCCGCCGGCGCGGGCGGAGCGGCCAUGGCCACCAUGGAGAAGCUGAUGAAGGCCUUCGAGUCGCUGCGCUCCUUCCAGCAGCAGCAGGGUCCGGCUGCCAUCCCCGAGGAGCCGCUCCAGAGACCAAAGAAAGAACUUUCAACUACCAAGAAAGAUCGAGUGAAUCAUUGCCUAACAAUAUGUGAAAACAUAGUUGCUCAGUCUUUAAGAAAUUCUCCAGAAUUUCAGAAGCUGCUGGGGAUUGCUAUGGAACUCUUUCUCCUCUGCAGUGAGGAUGCAGAAUCUGAUGUCCGGAUGGUUGCUGAUGAAUGCCUUAAUAAAGUUAUUAAAGCUUUGAUGGAUUCCAAUCUUCCUAGGUUACAACUAGAACUGUAUAAAGAGAUUAAAAAGAAUGGUGCUUCCAGAAGUCUACGUGCUGCACUCUGGAGGUUUGCUGAACUUGCCCAUCUUGUUCGGCCUCAAAAGUGCAGGCCAUACUUAGUGAACCUUUUGCCCUGUCUAACACGAAUAAGUAAGAGACCCGAAGAAUCAGUACAAGAGACGCUAGCUGCAGCAAUACCAAAAAUUAUGGCAGCGUUUGGCAAUUUUGCAAACGACAAUGAGAUUAAGGUUUUAUUGAAGGCUUUCAUAGCUAAUCUUAAAUCCAGUUCCCCUACUAUCCGUCGAACAGCAGCAGGAUCAGCAGUAAGCAUCUGUCAACAUUCGCGAAGAAUGCAGUAUUUUUAUGCCUGGUUAUUGAAUGUACUUUUAGGCUUGUUGGUUCCUGUAGAAGAUGAUCAUCCUACUCUCUUAAUUCUGGGUGUUUUACUUACACUAAGGUACCUCAUACCUUUAUUGCAACAACAAGUAAAGGAUACCAGCCUGAAAGGGAGUUUUGGUGUAACAAGAAAAGAAACAGAGAUUUUGCCUUCACCAGAACAACUUAUACAGGUUUAUGAAUUGACUCUGCAUUACACCCAGCAUCAGGACCAUAAUGUUGUGACUGGAGCUUUAGAAUUAUUACAACAGCUCUUUAGAACGCCACCACCUGAACUUCUCCAUGCUCUGACUGCUUCAGGUGGCAUUGCACAGGUCAGUGUAUCCAAAGAUGAAUCAGCCAGCAGGAACCGCAGUGGGAGCAUAGUGGAACUUAUAGCUGGAGGGGGGUCUUCAUGCAGCCCUGUUCUUGCAAGAAAGCAUAAAGGUAAAAUACUUCUUGGUGAAGAAGAAGGUUUGGAGGAUGAUCCUGAAACCCGAUCAGAUGUCAGCACUGCAUCAUUCUCAGCUUCCAUGAAGGGUGAGAUAACCAGUGAACUAGCUUCUUCAUCAGGUGUAUCGACAGCUGGGUCAGGGAGUUCAGCUGCUGAUCCUACUGGACAUGAUAUCAUUACUGAGCAGCCACGUUCUCAACAUACGUUGCAGUCAGACUCUGUAGACCUGACAAGCUGUGAUUUGACAAGUACAGCUGCUGAAGGGGAAGAAGAUGAUGUGCUUAGCCGAAGCUCCAGCCAGAUCAGUGCUGUCCAGUCAGAUCCCACUAUGGACUUGAAUGAUGGUACACAGGCUUCCUCACCAAUUAGUGAUAGCUCUCAGACUACUACAGAAGGUCCAGACUCUGCUGUAACCCCUUCGGACAGUUCUGAAAUUGUUUUGGAGGGUGCUGAAGGACAGUAUUCUGGAAUGCAAAUUGGGCAGCUGCAGGAUGAGGAAGAUGAGGCUGCAAAUAUUUUCCAAGAUGAUUCAUCAGAGUCUUUCAGAAAUUCUUCUGUUGCUCUUCAGCAGCCUCACCUGUUGAAAACCAUGAGCCAUAGUAGGCAGCCUUCUGACAGCAGCGUAGAUAGAUUUACAUCAAAAGAAGAUGCAGCAGAUCCUGGUGAUCAUGAAAAUAAGCCCUCCAGGGUAAAGGGAGACAUAGGUCACUAUACUGAUGGAAAUUCUGCUCCUUUAGUGCACUGCGUUAGACUUCUGUCAGCCUCUUUUCUACUUACUGGGGAGAAAGGUGCUUUAGUUCCUGAUAGAGAUGUGAGAGUCAGUGUAAAAGCCCUGGCAGUAAGUUGUGUUGGAGCAGCUGUUGCACUUCACCCUGAGUCUUUCUUCAGCAAACUGUAUAAAACACCCCUUGAAGCAAUGGGAGAAGAGUAUGAGGAGCAGUAUGUAUCAGAUAUUCUGAACUACAUUGACCAUGGAGAUCCCCAGAUUAGAGGAGCUACUGCCAUUCUGUGUGGAACAAUUGUCAACUCCAUUCUAACUAAAUCCCGCUUUGAUGUGGAAAAAUGGCUAAUAAAUGUCAGAAGCUCAACAGGAAAUCUCUUUUCCUUGGUAGACUGCAUACCUCUGUUACAGAAAAUGCUGAAAGAUGAGUCCUCUGUUACAUGUAAACUGGCUUGUACAGCUGUGAGGCAUUGCAUCAUGAGCUUAUGUAGUAGCAGUUACAGUGAACUAGGUUUACAACUAAUUGUUGACCUCCUUACGCUGAAGAAUAGCUCAUAUUGGCUAGUAAGAACAGAACUUCUGGAAACUCUUGCAGAGGUAGAUUUUCGGCUAGUCAGCUUCUUGGAAGGAAAAACUGAGAGCUUGCACAGAGGUAUUCAUCAUUAUACCGGUCUACUAAAACUUCAGGAGAGAGUGCUUAAUAAUGUUGUAAUAUGUCUGCUUGGAGAUGAAGAUCCGAGAGUGAGACAUGUAGCUGCAGCUUCAUUAGUGAGGCUUGUUCCAAAGCUAUUUUAUAACUGUGAUCAAGGACAGGCUGAUCCAGUUGUGGCAGUAGCAAGAGACCAAAGCAGUGUCUACCUGAAACUACUAAUGCACGAAACACAGCCUCCAUCUCACUUUGCGGUGAGCACUAUCACCAGAAUAUAUAGAGGUUACAAUAUGCUGCAAAGUCCAACAGAUGUCACUAUGGAAAACAAUCUGUCAAGGGUUAUUGCGGCAAUUUCCCAUGCAUUGACAAUAUCCACUACAAGAGCACUUACGUUUGGCUGCUGUGAAGCUUUGUGUCUUCUUUCCACAACAUUUCCAGUCUGCACCUGGAGUGUGGGAUGGCACUGUGGUGUUUCCCAGCCAAGUUCUUCAGAUGAAGCUCAGAAGGGCUGCACCAUUGGAAUGGCUGGCAUGGUCCUGUCUCUCCUUUCAUCAGCAUGGUUCCCGCUGGACCUCUCUGCACAUCAGGAUGCUUUGAUUUUGACUGGAAACUUGCUUGCAGCAAGUGCUCCCAAGUGCUUAAAGAAUCCCUGGAGUGCUGAGGAAGAUUCAAACCAAGGUGCUGCAAAGCAGGAGGAACCCUGGCCAGCUCUGGCAGAUCGAACUCUUGUUACUUUAGUAGAACAGCUCUUUUCUCAUCUGCUGAAGGUCAUUAAUAUUUGUGCACAUGUAAUGGAUGAUGUUGCUCCUGGGCCAGCAGUAAAGGCAGCAUUACCUUCUCUCACAAACCCACCUUCUCUUAGUCCAAUUCGGAGGAAGGGGAAAGAGAGGGAAUCUGUCGAACAGGCAUCUGUGCCCAUGAGCCCUAAAAAGGGUGGUGAAGCAAGUCCAGCUACUAGGCAAACUGAUACUACUGGGCCUGUUCCAACAAGUAAAUCGUCUUCAGUAGGAAGCUUUUAUCAUCUUCCAUCAUAUCUGAAGUUAUAUGAUGUCUUGAAAGCAACGCAUGCUAAUUACAAGGUUACUUUGGAUCUCCAGAACAGUAAUGAAAAGUUUGGAUGUUUCUUACGGUCUGCCUUAGAUGUUCUGUCUCAAAUCUUGGAACUUGCUACUCUUCAAGACAUUGGAAAGUGUGUAGAAGAAAUUUUGGGAUACCUAAAAUCAUGUUUCAACAGAGAACCAACAAUGGCAACAGUUUGUGUACAGCAGUUAUUGAAAACAUUGUUUGGGACAAAUCUGGCUUCUCAGUAUGAUGGCUUGUCUUCAAACCCCAACAAAGCUCAAGGCAAAGCUCAACGCUUAGGUUCUUCCAAUUUGAGACCUGGUCUCUAUCAUUAUUGCUUCAUGGCACCAUAUACACAUUUUACACAGGCCCUUGCUGAUGCUAGUCUAAGGAACAUGGUUCAGGCUGAGCAGGAACACGAUGCUUCAGGAUGGUUUGAUGUGUUGCAAAAAGUUUCUACACAGCUGAAAACUAGCAUUACCAGUGCAGCAAAACAUCGUGCUGAUAAGAAUGCUAUUCACAGUCACAUUCGUUUAUUUGAACCCCUUGUCAUAAAAGCAUUGAAACAAUAUACUACAACAACAUCGGUACAGCUGCAGAGACAAGUUCUAGACUUGCUUGCUCAACUGGUUCAGCUACGAGUUAACUACUGUCUUCUGGAUUCGGAUCAGGUGUUUAUUGGAUUUGUGCUAAAGCAGUUUGAAUACAUUGAAGUAGGACAGUUCAGGGAGUCUGAAGCAAUUAUUCCUAAUAUCUUUUUUUUCCUGGUGUUGCUGUCUUAUGAGCGGUAUCAUUCCAAACAGAUAAUUGGAAUUCCUAAGAUCAUUCAUCUGUGUGAUGGUAUCAUGGCCAGUGGGAGGAAAGCUGUUACACAUGCAAUACCAGCUCUGCAACCCAUCGUUCAUGAUCUCUUCGUGUUAAGAGGAACAAAUAAAGCUGAUGCUGGAAAAGAGUUGGAAACACAAAAGGAGGUGGUAGUGUCAAUGCUGCUGAGACUUAUUCAAUACCAUCAGGUGCUAGAAAUGUUCAUCUUAGUAUUGCAACAGUGUCAUAAAGAAAACGAAGACAAAUGGAAGAGAUUGUCUCGGCAAAUAGCUGACAUUAUUCUCCCAAUGCUUGCAAAACAACAGAUGCAUAUAGACUCUCAUGAUGCUUUGGGAGUAUUGAACACUUUGUUUGAAAUUUUGGCUCCUUCAUCCCUUCGCCCUGUGGACAUGCUUUUAAGGAGUAUGUUUGUUACUCCUAAAACAAUGGCAUCAGUGAGCACUGUCCAGCUAUGGAUUUCUGGAAUUUUAGCUAUCCUUAGAGUUCUGAUUUCACAGUCAACAGAAGACAUCGUUCUAUCCCGUAUACAAGAGCUUUCUUUCUCACCAUAUUUGAUUUCAUGUCAAGCGAUUAGCAGACUGAGACGUGGAGAAAAUAACUUACCUGCACCAGAGGAUCGCACUGAGGUUAAACAGGCUAAAUAUCUGCCUGAAGAGACAUUUUCUAGGUUCUUAUUACAACUGGUUGGCAUUCUACUGGAAGAUAUCGUUACCAAACAACUGAAAGUGGACAUGAAUGAGCAGCAACAUACUUUCUACUGCCAGGAGCUGGGCACACUGCUUAUGUGCUUAAUACAUAUCUUCAAAUCAGGGAUGUUUAGAAGAAUCACAGCUGCAGCCACCAGACUUUUUACAGGAGAUGGAUCUGAUGAUAGUUUCUAUACCCUUGAAAGUUUGAGUGACCUUGUUCAGUCCAUGAUUCCCACGCAUCCUUCAUUAGUACUUCUCUGGUGUCAAAUUCUGCUUCUUGUCAAUUAUACCAACUACAACUGGUGGUCAGAAGUGCAUCAAACCCCAAAGAGACAUAGUCUUUCUACUACUAAAUUGCUUAGCCCUCAGAUAUCUGGAGACAGUGAUAAAUCGGAUUCAGAAUCUAAACGUGGAAUGUGCAAUCGAGAGAUAGUGAGAAGAGGAGCACUCAUUCUUUUCUGUGACUACGUUUGUCAAAACCUACAUGAUUCAGAACACUUGACCUGGCUUAUUGUGAAUCAUGUUCAAGACUUGAUUAAUCUGUCCCAUGAGCCUCCAGUACAAGACUUUAUUAGUGCUGUUCACAGGAAUUCAGCAGCCAGUGGUCUCUUUAUCCAGGCCAUUCAAUCACGGUGUGAAAAUCUUGCAGCUCCCACAACUCUGAAGAAGACUUUACAGUGCUUAGAGGGAAUACAUCUCAGCCAGUCUGGGGCUGUCUUAACAUUAUAUGUUGAUAAGCUUCUGUGUACUCCAUUCCGUGUGCUUGCUCGCAUGGUUGACACACUGGCUUGCCGUCGGGUAGAAAUGCUUUUGGCUGCAACUUUACAGAACAGCAUGACUCAGUUACCAGUUGAAGAACUGGAUAGAAUUCAGGAGUACCUUCAAAACAGUGGACUAGCAACAAGACACCAAAGACUUUACUCGCUCUUGGAUAGGUUUCGUCUUAUGGUAGCACCGGACACAACUAGUCCUUCACCUCUGGUUACCUCACACCCACUAGAUGGAGAAGACCAACCAGCUUUAGAGAAUGUAAUUCUAGACAAAGACUGGUAUGUGUCACUAGUGAGGUCACAGUGUUGCAUCAAGUCUGACUCAGCACUGCUAGAAGGCGCAGAGCUGGUAAAUAGGAUUCCUCAGCCUGACCUGAACUCAUUCAUGACCAGCAAGGAAUUCAACCUAAGCUUGUUAGCACCUUGUUUAAGCCUUGGCAUGAAUGAAAUAUCAAGAGACCAGAAGAGUAGCUUCUUUGAAACGGCUCGGAGGGUAACUCUGGAUCAUGUGUCUACUACUGUACAAAACCUUCCUGCCAUCCACCAGAUUUUUCAACCACUGUUGCCAGCUGAGCCAUCAGCCUACUGGAAAAAACUAAGCGAUAUCUUUGGAGAUGAGAUGAUGUAUCAGUCUAUGAUGACUCUUUGUCGUGCACUGGCUCAGUAUUUGUUGUUACUCUCAAAACUACCAGCUGGUCUCCGUGUUCCUCCUGACAAAGAGGAUGAUAUCCUGAAAUUCGUAGUUAUGUCAGUAGAGGCACUAUCAUGGCAUUUAAUGCAUGACCAGAUUCCAUUAAGUGUAGAUCUUCAAGCUGCUCUGGAUUGUUGCUGUCUGACAUUACAGCAGCCUAGUCUCUGGAAUUUGCUGGCUUCUGCAGCUAAUGUGACACAUGCUUGCUCCUUAAUUAAUUGCAUUAGAUUUAUCAUAGAAGCAGUUGCUGUUGAACCUGGUAAUCAACUUCUUAGUCCUGAAAGAAAGAAGAGUACUUCAAAAGGCUUGAGUGAGGUUGAAGUUGAUUCAAACACACAGAAAACUAAACACAUUACUGCAGCUUGUGAAAUGGUAGCUGAGAUGGUGGAAUGCUUACAGACUGUCUUGGCACUGGGGCACAAAAGAAACAGCAGUAUCCCAGCAUUUCUUACUCCUGUCCUCAAGAACAUCAUCAUCAGUUUAGCAAGGCUGCCUCUAGUGAACAGUUACACAAGAGUACCUCCCUUGGUCUGGAAAUUAGGGUGGUCACCAAAGCCUGCAGGUGACUUUGGCACAAUUUUUCCUGAAAUCCCAGUAGAAUUUCUUCAAGAAAAAGAAAUCUUUAAGGAGUUCAUCUAUCGCAUUAAUACACUUGGAUGGAUCAGCCGUACUCAGUUUGAAGAGACUUGGGCUACUUUGCUUGGUGUGCUUGUAACUCAGCCUAUUGUAAUGGACCAGGAGGAGAACCAACAAGAAGAAGAUACAGAGAGGACACAAAUUAAUGUUCUUGCAGUACAAGCCAUAACUUCCUUGGUGCUGAGUGCAAUGACAAUACCUGUUGCAGGCAAUCCAGCAGUUAGCUGUUUGGAACAGCAGCCCCGCAACAAAGCUUUAAAAGCUCUGGACACAAGGUUUGGGAGGAAGCUAAGUGUUAUCAGGGGAAUUGUUGAACAGGAAAUCCAAGCAAUGGUAUCUAAGAGAGAUAAUAUUGCUACUCAUCACUUAUACCAAGCCUGGGACCCUGUUCCAUCACUUUCUCCUGCUACUACAGGUGCUCUUAUCAGCCAUGAAAAACUCUUACUGCAGAUCAAUACUGAACGAGAAAUAGGAGAUAUGGAUUAUAAACUGGGACAGGUCUCUAUACACUCCAUAUGGUUAGGAAAUAAUAUCACUCCAUUGAGAGAAGAAGAGUGGGGUGAGGAUGAAGAAGAUGAGAACGACGUACUUGCUCCUUCCUCACCACCAACCUCUCCUAUUAAUACCAGGAAGCACCGGGCUGGUGUGGAUAUACAUUCUUGUUCUCAGUUCUUGCUUGAACUGUAUAGUCAGUGGAUAUUGCCAUCAAACCCUAGCAAGAGAACGCCAGUCAUUUUGAUUAGCGAAGUGGUGCGAUCACUUCUGGCAGUGUCAGACUUAUUUACAGAAAGGAAUCAGUUUGAGAUGAUGUAUACAACGUUGACAGAAUUGCGAAAGGUGCAUCCUUCAGAAGAUGAGAUUCUUGUACAGUAUUUGAUACCAGCCACUUGUAAAGCUGCAGCUGUUCUGGGAAUGGAUAAAGCUGUGGCUGAACCAGUAAGUCGACUGCUGGAAUCAACCCUAAGAAGCACCCAUAUGCCAAGUCGGAUUGGAGCUCUGCAUGGAAUUCUUUAUAUCCUUGAGUGUGACUUGCUUGAUGAGACAGCAAAGCAACUCAUUCCAAUUAUCAGCGAGUAUCUGCUUUCCAAUUUGAGAGGAGUAGCACAUUGUGUGAAUAUCCAUAACCAACAGCACAUCUUGGUAAUGUGUGCAGCUGCUUUCUAUUUGAUCGAGAAUUACCCACUUGAUGUAGGGCCUGAAUUCUCUGCAGGAAUUAUACAGAUGUGUGGAGUCAUGGUGUCUGGAACUGAUGAAUCAACGCCAUCCAUUAUUUAUCAUUGUGUCCUGAGAGGUUUAGAGCGACUCCUCCUUUCAGAGCAACUUUCUAGGCUGGAUAGUGAAUCGCUAGUGAAACUGAGUGUUGACAGAGUGAAUGUGCAGAGCCCCCACAGAGCAAUGGCGGCACUCGGAUUAAUGCUGACUUGCAUGUACACAGGAAAGGAAAAAAUCAGCCCCAGUCGUGCCACAGAUGCAAAUCCUGCUGCUCCUGACAGUGAAUCUGUGAUCGUAGCGAUGGAACGAGUAUCAGUCCUUUUUGAUAGGAUCAGGAAGGGAUUUCCUUUUGAAGCUAGAGUAGUGGCUCGGAUCCUCCCACAGUUCCUUGAUGAUUUUUUCCCCCCACAAGACGUAAUGAAUAAAGUUAUUGGAGAAUUUUUAUCCAAUCAACAGCCUUACCCACAAUUCAUGGCAACAGUAGUUUAUAAGGUAUUCCAGACACUACAUAGCACUGGACAGUCCUCAAUGGUCCGUGACUGGGUGAUGCUCUCUCUCUCUAAUUUCACACAAAGAACACCUGUGGCAAUGGCAAUGUGGAGUCUUUCCUGUUUUUUUGUCAGUGCUUCCACCAGUCAAUGGAUUUCAGCAAUUCUUCCACAUAUUAUCAGCAGAAUGGGAAAAUCGGAGCAAGUGGAUGUUAACAUCUUCUGUUUGGUGGCCAUAGACUUCUACCGACAUCAGAUAGAUGAAGAAUUAGAUCGGAGGGCCUUUCAGUCGGUGUUCGAGGUGGUAGCAUCUCCAGGAACCCCGUAUCAUCGCUUACUAACUUGUUUGCAAAAUGUCCACAAGGUCACAGCAUGUUGAACAUCCUGAUGUGUAAUGGAACUGCAUGACUAGUGUUGGAAUCUGAUAUGAAUUAUGGGGAAUGCAAGAUGAAGAAAGUAUCUGGGGUUGCAUUUGUGAUAAAUAUGGACCUGUCAGUUUUACUUCCAGAAUGCAUGGACAAGUGCUCUGCAGCACUGGAAAUCACCCGAAAAGUCUAGUGUAGUUCUUGUUGUUGUUGACACCAGAUACGUGUGAGUGGAAAGAAAUAUGUCAGUGUUUUUCAAGUGGUUUUUGGGAGUAACCUGAGACACGUUUAGUAACUGUAAAAUACGAGCAAGUGCUACAUGCAGGGUAACUGGUAUUACUCUUCUUCCUAAUGUUCAGCUGAAGCCACUGUGGUGCAGCUGGUAAGAAACUGACAGAAAGACUGUUAUUGCAAGCUGCAGUCAUUAGAAAACUUCAUAGUUUUAUGUACCUGUAUAUACUGUUGUGUAGUACAGAAUAGAAAUUGUUUCCUUACGUCUCUCCCAAACAAGGAUAAGAGAAAAUGGCUUUCAUGAUUUACACUUCCAGCAUGUAAUUCCUCUCUCUGGACUUUCUGAUAUCGCGUGGUGUAUGUGUUGGUGAUAUCGGAGAUAUAGUGCACAUACGUAACCACACAUUUUUCUUUUUUCUUCUCAGGAUUUAAAAUUCAAGUACAGUAUAUCAGUAAAAGAAAUUUUAACUUAAAUAUUUCUAUAUCAUGUACAGUAUGUAAAAUUGUAAGAUGUGUGGUGCAUGAGCUGUGCUGUAAUUUGAGAUGAACAGAAGCCACGCUACUGAAUGUCUUGACAUCUGUAUUGUCCUCUUUUUUUUUUUUUUCCUUGUGCUUGAAUUCAUGUUCCUUUUGGAAACCCAUCUUAAUGUACAUCUUGUUUUGCAUCUCACUUUUUCUUAAAGUGCUUUAAAACUGGAAUACAUUGAUUAAUUUGUCUUGAGAGACUGUACUAAGGAGGCAUUCUUGUGACCCACUUUACUGUAGCUUCUUUAGAAUUCCUUUAUUUUGAGACUUAAUGGUAAAAGAGAGGACUAGUUACUCUGGAUCAGCCUUUUGUAUACUAAGAAACUGUUCUUAUUUGCUGCACAGCAUUUUAAGAGACAAAAUGGUGCAAGCUCCCUAGUAGUCAAUAACCAUUUGACCUUUCCUAACUGAGACCAUGGAGUCAUCUGGAUUCAAACCACUCUCAUGUAAACAAAUUUAUGCUAGCAGUUAAGAAUCUGAAGGCUGCUGUGGUCUACUUUGGGACUGGCUAAGGUGUUAGAUUACACAACCUCUUUUAUUACCUGUUCUAUACAUAAUGCUUUAGACACAAACACAGUACAAGUAUCUGUGAAUUUCAGGACACUACACAGGGCCAGAUUUAGCUUUUACUCGCCACCCAGGGAACCCCAUUGAUUCCUAAGCAUUACAUGGGGAAAUCUAGCACAGCAUUUGUCUUCAGUUGUAUUUGUUAUAAUUCUUUAAUUACAGAGAAGUGAUACCUUGGUUCUCAGUCAUGUCCUAUAUUUAACUUCUCUUCAUUUUCUUAUCACACCUUUUGGUGACACUUGGAAAAAUGAGAUAGUGUUGUCAGGAGGAGCAUGUACUGUAUGUAUUUCUGUAUAUAAUGUAUAUGUUGAAAUUAUACACAUGUGACAACAUUUAAUGUAUACAGAUGUGUAUAUUUGUAUUUAUUAAACCCAUAUAUUUAAACUAAUUCCAAUCUAGACCAAAAAUUGUUGCUUCUGCCCAUAAAUUGAUUACAAAGGAAUUGUCCGCUGGUGUCACUUCCUUUUAGAAACUGAUAGAGGAAACUGACAGUAUGGGCAGUAGAAACAACUGUAGAUGUUGCUGUAUUUAGCUCUCUACAGAUCUUCCUAUCUAGAGCAAUUAUUUCUGCCCUUAGUUGGGUUACUCUUCUUUCUUGGGCCACAGCACUGUGGUGAUUUUUAAAAGAAACUGAACAGGAGUUCAGAAAAAGAUUUAAUAAAAUAGAUAAUGUUUGAAA